GCCCGCGCACGCUGCACGCCGCGCGAUGCCGCCGCCCGCGGUCCGGCUGGUGUGGCUCGGGCGGGUGCACUACCCCGAGCUGCUGGCGCGGCAGGAGCACUGGCUGGGGCGGCUACAGGCCGACCCUCGCUCCGGGACCCUGUCGGGGGCCGAGGCGGGCGCGCUGUUGGUGUGCGAGCCAGCGGGACCGGUGUACACGGGCGGGCUCCGCGGCGGCCUGACGCCCGAGGAGACUACGCGGCUGAGGGCCUUGGGCGCCGAGGUGCGCUCCACCGGCCGCGGCGGCCUGGCCACUUUCCACGGCCCGGGCCAGCUGCUCUGCCACCCGGUGCUUGACCUGCGGCGCCUGGGCCUGCGCCUGCGCACCCACGUGGCGGCGCUGGAGGCGUGCGCCGUGCGCCUGUGCGAGCUCCGGGGCCUGCGGGGCGCCCGCGCGCGGCCGCCGCCCUACACCGGCGUCUGGCUAGGCGAGCGCAAGAUCUGCGCGAUCGGAGUCCGAUGUGGAAGACACAUCACAUCCCACGGCCUGGCUCUGAACUGUUCUACAGACCUCACGUGGUUUGAGCACAUUGUGCCCUGUGGACUGGUUGGGACAGGAGUCACUUCUCUGAGUGAAGAGCUUCAGAGACUCGUCACUGUGGAUGAAGUCAUGCCAUCUUUCCUUGUGGCCUUCAGGGAGACUUUCAAGUGCGAGUUAAUCUCUGAGGACAGCCCCAGCUGAAGGGCACCCAUUCACCUUACCCAGGGACAAUGGUCCUUUGAUAGAAAGAUCCUAGUCUGACUUGAGUCCCCAGAACUGGAUUCUGGAACUACUCUGUGAUUUACCGACCAUGACGGAGGAGAGCUCUGAGCUACUGCUUCCUGUAUCUUCCCAGCUACCUCAGGGAUCGAUAGGAAACACUAUGAAAGGUCACAUUCUACAGAAGGCGUCUGGGUGGCCAUUAACACCUGUUCUCAGCUUGGAGACACUCCAGUGUUAUAAACUGCCAUUUCGUAAUUACUUGCCACGUUUUGGUUCUGUGGGAACGAAAUCUCUGUGUGGCCCAGAUGAAGUGAUAAAGUUACCUCAUUCUCAAAAGACCUGGGUCUUUCUUCAGUAAGGGAGAAAGUCUUCAAAGAAUAAAAUGACAUUUUUGCCUUUCUGGGUUGAAUCCCUCAAGUUUGAUAAUUUACCUGUUCUUGCUUGGGGUCAACAGAGAUGGGCUGUAGACCAUGGAAAAGACAAGGGUAGUUCCUUCUUGCAUACAGAUGCUAUAGAGGGAAAUUUUUCUACAUGAGAUCCCUGGGGCUAGGAAUGUCAGCUCUCACUGUGAAACAAACUUUGUGAUUCAGGACAACUGAGGAACACAUUAGCUCAUUUUUUGUGGAUCAGGAAUUUGGAAGAAAUGUACCUAGGUUGAUUGGAGCCUUACCAGAGCUUGUGGUAAAGGUGUCAGUCGUCAUUAGAGGGCUUAACUGUCACUGGAGGUCAGUUUCCAGAGGGUUCACUCCGGUGUGCUUGCUUGGUUGCUUCUAGUGGUUGAAGAGAAGUCUCAGCUGCUUACCUGCAGACUCUUCUCAAGGGCACAGGGAUGCCAGAAGGAGGCAAGUUAGUAGCUCCCGGGGCUUUUAUGAGCUGGCUCUGGAAGCCACACAGUGCUUUCUGUAGUCUCACAAAUGAACCCUGUUUAAAGUGGAAGGAACACCCCAUUAGCUGUAGAAGAUGAAGCUUUUUGGGAGCCAUCUUGGACUGGUCCCCAUAACUUGUGAAAAGCAGACAGAGCUUUGACUGAGACCCCGACGCCACACUUGGCGAUAUGAAAGCCAUUUCCUCUCUAGGCGUCAGUGCUGUUCACUAGGAAUGCAGUAAGAGCUGCACCGCAGUCUGACAUUUCCUAGGGAGCCUCAUUAAAAAGGGUUUUUUAUUUUUUUAAAAGGUGGUUUAAUACAUUUGCCUCAAUUCAUUAAUAAAAUCUUUGUGAGACAAUUUAA